AUGGCAGCUAUACGUUCAUUUCUCAAACGUACUGUUAGCCAAAAUUCACCAAACAAUAAUCAUUUAAAUACAGGAUCUACAACAGAUUCAACAAGUGAUACAUCAUCAUCAACAACAACAACUGAACGUAUAAAUAAACAAACAAAUGAUGGUUUAAGUAAUUCAUCACCAUUAGGGAUUUUAAUAAAUAAUAAUAAUAAUACGAAUAAUGAUGAUUCAUUACGACGUCCAUUACUUAAUAUUUCUUCAACAAAUCGUCGUGGACGAUUAUUAUUACAUUUAAUUAAUAAUUCAAAUAAAAUGAAUACACAAACCGAGCAAGUGAUUGAUGAAAAUAUUUGUUUACUUGAUACAAAAUUACCAAAAGAACUUAUUCUAAGAAUCUUUUCUUUUCUGGAUUAUCAAUCACUCUGUCGAUGUGCACAAGUAUCCAAAUAUUGGAGUACACUUGCAUUGGAUGGUUCAAAUUGGCAAAGUAUUGAUCUAAAAAGUUUUCAACGUGAUAUUCAUGGAACUGUUCUUGAAAAUUUAAGUUUACGAUGUGGAAAAUUUUUGAAAAAAUUAAGUGUUGAAAAUUGUAAACUUAUUACAGAUCAUAAUAUGCACAUCCUUGCCAAUCAUUGUCCAAAUUUAGAACGAUUAAUAGUUAAACAUUGUGACAAAUUAUCUAAUAUUACUUUACUUCAUUUAAGUAAACAUUGUCCACAUUUAACUUGUAUUAAUAUAUCAUCAUGUCCUCAAAUUGAUGAUCAAGGAGUUAAAAUAAUUUGUUCAAGUUGUUCUCAUUUGGAAUGUUGGGAUAUAUCAUGGUGUAUGAAUAUUACAGAGAAUGGUAUUCGAAUUCUUGCUGAAUCAUGUCCGAAAUUAACAACUUUUAAAUCCGAAGGAUGUCCAUCUAUGACAAAUAAUGCAGCUAUUUAUCUUGCAAAACAUUGUUCGAAAUUAAUAUUUCUUGAUUUUAAUCGAUGUUCUUCGUUAACUGAUGAUGGCCUUGUAAAACUAACUCAAUAUUGUCCUUUACUUGAAACUUUAAUUAUUGCUAAUUGUACAGGUUUAACAGAUAAUACAUUAAUAGCUCUUGGAAAAUAUUGUCAUCAAUUAAAAAAACUUGAUGCAACUUUGUGUUCACAAUUUAGUGAUGCAGGCUUUUUAGCAAUGGCUCAAGGUUGCCAUUUAUUACAACGAAUUGAUCUAGAAGACUGCAUAGCUGUCACUGAUGAAACAUUACGACAUUUGGCUGAUAAUUGUCCCAAUAUUCGUAUUCUUACUCUUUCUCGAUGUGAACAAAUAACCGAUGAAGGUGUUCGUCAUAUUGGCUCGAGUGUUAGUGCUCAAGAAAAUCUACGAAUACUUGAAUUAGACAAUUGUCCAUCUAUAACAGAUAUAUCUAUUGAUCAUUUACUUGCUUGUCAAAAUCUUCAACGUUUAGAUAUAUUUGAUUGUCAACAGAUAACAAAAACUGCAGUUAAAAGAAUUCAGAUACGUUAUCCAGAUUUAAACAUUCAUGCUUAUUUUGCUCCUCGAACCCCCACACCUACAGCUAAUCAAACAACAUCAUGUUCAAUUUGCUGUUGUUGCUGUUGUUGUAGAUCAUGUUCAUCUUGUGUACCUCCAUGUUGUACAAUCACGUAA